UGGGUGUUAAGGGACAUGCUGGGAAAUGUAGUUCACCCGCCGCUGCCUGCCGACAGGGGCCCUCGGACCCCUGCCGCCAGCUGUACUACCAGUCCCAGAAUGCUCCGCGCGACGCUGCGAGCCGCCCCAGUUGAAGCGGGUGGCGGCGGAGGGGAGCAAAAAAAAAAAAAAAAAAAAAAACAACAACAAAAAACAAAAAAACCACACCGCAACCCAAAACAAGGAAAUGGUGCAGGGAGGGGGUUCCCGGCGCUGGGGGCGCUGAUCCCGCCGCGCCCCCCUCCCCCAUGGGUGAGCCAUGGACUACGAGUUCAAAUCCAAGCUGGCGGCCGAGCGCGAGCGGGUGGAGGAUCUGUUCGAGUACGAGGGCUGCAAAGUGGGGAGAGGCACCUAUGGGCACGUCUACAAAGCGCGGCGCAAGGACGGAUUCCAGAAGGGCUUCGUGUAUGGACUUCCUGCCUUGGAGGUAGCAGAAUAUUCAGCAGAAGAAAAGAUGAAAAGGAGUAUGCACUGAAGCAAAUUGAAGGUACAGGGAUAUCGAUGUCGGCCUGUAGAGAGAUUGCACUUUUACGAGAAUUGAAGCACCCCAAUGUGAUUGCAUUACAGAAGGUUUUCCUUUCUCACAGUGAUAGAAAGGUUUGGCUGCUGUUUGAUUAUGCUGAACAUGAUUUGUGGCAUAUUAUCAAGUUUCACCGUGCCUCAAAAGCAAAUAAAAAGCCCAUGCAGUUGCCAAGAUCUAUGGUUAAAUCACUACUCUACCAGAUCCUUGAUGGAAUCCAUUACCUCCAUGCAAACUGGGUGCUUCAUAGGGACCUGAGAAUGCUGCCUUUUCUCAGCUAUGAUGUGAUCAGAAUCCUCCUGGCCUCCAGACAAGUAGAAGCUCAUGUCCUGGUCAAAGUCCAAAACUUUCUUAAACCAGCAAACAUUCUGGUAAUGGGAGAAGGUCCUGAAAGAGGAAGAGUGAAAAUAGCUGACAUGGGUUUUGCAAGAUUGUUCAAUUCACCUCUGAAACCUUUAGCAGACUUGGAUCCAGUUGUGGUGACGUUCUGGUAUAGAGCUCCAGAACUGUUACUUGGUGCCAGACAUUACACAAAAGCAAUUGAUAUUUGGGCAAUUGGGUGUAUAUUUGCUGAGCUAUUGACUUCAGAACCUAUUUUUCACUGUCGUCAGGAAGACAUCAAGACAAGCAAUCCUUUUCAUCAUGAUCAGCUAGAUCGCAUUUUUAGUGUAAUGGGAUUCCCAGCAGAUAAAGACUGGGAAGAUAUAAGGAAGAUGCCAGAAUAUCCCACACUUCAAAAAGACUUCAGGAGAACAACAUAUGCCAAUAGUAGCCUCAUAAAAUACAUGGAGAAACACAAAGUCAAGCCUGACAGUAAAGUUUUCCUUUUGCUUCAAAAACUUCUUACCAUGGAUCCUACGAAGAGAAUUACCUCAGAGCAGGCUUUGCAGGAUCCCUAUUUCCAGGAGGAUCCAUUGCCUACAUCAGAUGUAUUUGCUGGCUGCCAGAUUCCUUAUCCAAAACGAGAAUUCCUCAAUGAGGAUGAACCUGAAGAGAAAGGAGAAAAGAAUCAACAGCAACAGAAUCAACAUCAGCAACAACCAGCACCUCAGCAGCAACCGCAAGCAGCACCUCAGCAGCAGCAGCAGCAGCCGCAGCAAAGCAGUACCCAGACGAACGGGACUGCAGGGGGAGGUGGCGCAGGAGGAGGCGGUGGCGGCGGCGGCGGCACUGGGGCAGGACUCCAGCACAGCCAGGACUCCAGCCUCAGUCAGGUGCCUCCAAAUAAGAAACCACGCAUAGGGCCUUCAGGCACUAACUCAGGCGGGCCUGUCAUGCCUUCAGAUUAUCAGCACUCCAGUUCACGCCUCAGUUACCAAAGCAACAUUCAGGGAUCUUCUCAGUCCCAGAGUACAAUGGGCUAUUCCACAUCAUCUCAACAGAGCUCUCAGUAUCAUCAGUCUCAUCAGUCUCAUAGGUACUGAGACCUAAUAGACUGCGCUUAGAAAGGAAUGGACUAAAAGUCAAAAGACUCCAGCAAUAUGAAGUUCCUAACAAUGAGAAGAACCAAAAAUGCAAACUGUGAUACAGAUUUAAAAUUCACAAUUAUAAAAGGAAAACUUUAUUUACUGAAGAUUUUUUUUCAAUGACUCUGUUCCUUCUUUAUUGCCAUAAAGGAGAUUCUUGUGAAGUGCCCCCUCCCUCCCGCGUGCUUCCCUCGCAUGUGUUCCCUUGUGGUAACUCUAAUGAAACCGUCUGAUCUGAACCCAGCACUUAACUUCUUUAACCAUUGGAAUUUUUGAAGGAUUCCUGGUGCACCUUUCUCAUGUUGUAGUGAUUGCCAUAAAUCUAUCUUUUCAAAACUCUUCAAUGGGAUUUUAAAGUUUUAGAAUCUUGAACUCCCAGGCUUUCAAGCUUGUAUAUAGUUAGUUUUAUACUAGGCAAACCAGUUUAGCUAUACAGGUAUAAUGCACCUUUUAAAAGCACUAUGUUUUUUUCACAGGAUAUUACUGUUUUCCUCAUGGAUGUCAAGAACAGCAAAUUUUACUGUUCCAGAGUAUUUUACUAUUCUGUUUGUAUUAGUCUAGUUUUCAGGCGACGUCUUAGGGAAAAAAAACAAAAAAAACCCAACCCAAGUCUCUGCAGCAGCUAAUGUGACUCAUGGUACUGGACUGUACACCAAACAGAAGAUUGUGAAUGUUUCCUAAAUCUUUCAUAUUGAAUCCCAUACAUAUUAUGACCAUGUUCUGAGUAGUGUUGAAUUAAGCAUUAUUUUAAACUAAAGCAUGAUACGUACAUGAAAAGGAGAUGCUUUCGGAGCACCACGGGAACAGAGGAAUGGAGUGUAACGGAACGUCUUCUCUGGCUGGGCAUCCAAAAGAGCCAGGAAAAUAUAUUUAGUGCCCUGUGAUCUCAGUAGAAGAGAGAAUGUGGUUGAUGACUUAUACUAGUCCUUGUUUAAAAACACAAAACUAAACAAAACAAAAAAAACCCUCUUCUUUCAUAUAUAUGGGAGCUUUAUAUAUCUGGCUUCUCUGAUGCAGUCUCUCUUUGUCAGUUUCCCUGACUCAAUUAUCUAAAUAUAAAGAUGACAAAAAUUUAAAGGAUUUAUAAAAUAAAAAACAAAUAAUUGUCCAUUUUUAUAUAAGAUCAUCAAAUUUAAGAGACGUUAUUGUAUGGUUUGAAGAGCGUGUUGAAAAUUGUCUUUGUUUUUCAUGUUUAAUACGCAAAUUCUUUAUUCUUCACGUUGCUGUGAUUAAUCCAGAUUAGUUGCACCAGAUGCACUUGGUUGCACUGAAAUGUUUCUUUUUCCCAAGAGCAAACAUGUUGUGAUUGUGCCUAAGGACCAUAAGCGGAUGGGUUACUGGCAGUCUAUCCCAGGUAAAUAAUUAGAGCUCACAAGCAUAAUUGGAGGAUCAUUAUCCAAUUUUCGGAGCCACAGUUAUUCAAAGACACGUAACGUAUAAUUUGGAGCAGCUCCAUUUUUCUUCUGUGUUUAGAAAUAAGGCUGAUGAAUCUGAUUGCACUAAAACUGGAAAGACAUUCAUGUACUUUAGAAUGUUCCUCGCUGUAUGAGCAGCACUGGUCUUUUUUAAUUGAUUGCUGGAGAAGAAGUCAAGAAAGGAGCAAAUUAUGUUUAAGCAAUGCAUAUUACGGACAUUUACACUACACAGUGUGAUAUCAUGUUUAGUUGUGUUCUAUCCUGAAUCCAUGCAAGACUUUAGACAUAACCACUAUACAUUCCACACUAAAAUUGUGAUCCAAACUAGGCAGGUGGUAGAUAUGUUUGCUCUGUUUUUUUGUCCCAGUGAGUGUAAUAAGUAUUUCCAUUGAGAGUGAGUUCCCAGUCACCUUUAAUGCUUUUUUUUCUCUCUCAAAAAUGUUUUGCUUUUAUGACCAGUUGGAAACCUGGUUUGGCCAAACCAGCUGCCACAAGUUUUUGCUCCGUUUGCCAGUGGCACCAGGCUUCUCUGGAAAGUGACUGAAGAUAGAAUGGGCAAGAAACGAUAAACAUGAAAUGAAGCAAUUUGAAGGAAAAUAUAAAUUAUUAUUAGGACAAAAUCAUCUCCUAUUGAAUACUUUCCGUCUUUAUUCUUUGUGAUACUACAUGUCCUGUGCUUCUGAGUAUCUUAGUUGGCAGGAAGUGAUUUUAAUUGUUAGUAAAUUUCUUUACCUGCUUGCAACAUAUCUGGGCUCAAAAGAUGCAAGUCCCCACCUCUUAAUGAUGUCAAUGGGAGCCCAUGUCUGCCUGAAAGAGAAUUUUGCCCCUGCCCUACAGCAGCAUUAUUGGAUAUUCUUGUGACUGGCUUCCAAUUUUCUGGAUACCAGGUUUCUGAUGUGCUGAUCGUUGUCUCCUGUCUUCUUCAUAUCCCUCUGUCCUCUCAAAACACCAUUGGUUAUUGUAACAUAAUUGUCUAAUGUUGGUCCCCCUCCCAUCUCCUUUGAUUCAUUAUCAAAUUAUUGAUGGUGGCAGGGGGACAAAAAUCUGCUUGUAGUUAAGCUGGACUCGUGUCAACAAAGCUGAAUCAUAGUGUAGGUUCAUCGAUGUGUGGAGUGCAAAGAUACACAGCAUUAUAAUGUGCUUUAAUUCAAUGAGCUUCCAUCCCCUAGAAUGACUGCUAUCACCAUUGUCUAAACUGAAUAGAUAAUUCUGUAUUUUCUAGAUCUAAAUUGCUUGCUGUGCUUUAGCCCCUUGCAGCUUCUAUGCACGUGCAAAGCUGAGCUAACUCCUCCAUUGCCUUCAAAAUAAAAGUAGAAAGGGGAAUAAAUAAAAGCAGUGUUACUGCUUAAAAAUGUUUACUGUGCACGUUUGCUCGCUUUCUCUCUCUUUGUCAGUUGGUGUUUGGAUAUUUGGCCUUUUCUGGUGAGCUAUGUGUGAAUUUCAGGGUGGAUGGGAGCCAACAUGAGAGAGACUUGUUCAGAGGUAAUUUCAUGAGGAAAAAUGCUCUUUGUUUUCAGAGGUUAAUCAUGUAAUAUGUUAUGGGAACCCAGGAUCAUGUAUAUUUUUCUACCUGUGCAGUUUUGGUAAUUGACACUUAUUAUUAUUCACAGUUUUGACCUUACCCAUAACCUCUGUGUGCCCUCAGAAAGGUAUUUCACACUGGUAACUAGAAAUGGAAAGUGACAUCAACUUGAUUGUUUUCUCAUUCCUGUUCCCUUGGUGAAACAGUGGACAGUCAAAUACCAUCCUGCAAUGUUUCUCAUCUCAUUUUUGGAGAAGACAGGAGAGUGAGGAAUGGGAUUAGCAGCAUAGUCUACAUUGGUGAAGUUUAUGUAGCACAAACUGCACAAUGAAGGAAGAAUAUUGUGAAAGCUGCGAGUCCUGCACUGUAUUUGUGACACUGUAUCUUUUGUGGGGUGGGGAGGGAAGAGCAUUCUGAGGGGAGGGUGGGGGUAGCUUGAAGUAUUCAAAUAUGUCUAAUAUUUUAUAUAAACAUAUUAAAGCUUAGUUCCCCUUCGUAAUCUUCAGUAAUGGUACUUAAACACCAUUAAGGAAAGAAUUGUUUUAGGAUUAAAUAAAUGUAUUGUACAUAAGGCCAUAUGUAAUCUUCUACAAGUGUCGCCACACAGGAGCGAUAUGUAUUACUAUAUGAAAAAAAAAAUCCUUAAUGCACUGUUAUCUCCUAAAUAUUUAGUAGUAAAUUAAUACUAUUUAAUUUUUUUAAAAAUCUGUCUUGUGUAGACACUAAAAAGUAUUACACAAAAUGUGGACUGAAAUUGUCCUUUUUAACAGCAAUUUAAAGAACUUUUAUAUAUGUAAUGUAGUACACUUUUCAAAUUGUUCUAGUUUGUAUUCUCCCAUGUUUACUAUUGGUGGAAGUGUGUCUGUUUCUCUUCAGCUAUUUUUUUAAUAAUUUCAUGCAAGUAUCCUUCAUUUUUGUAGUUUUUAUUGUAGAUUACUGCAUAUGCUCUUCAUGCUGCCACAAAGCUUUGCUACUUUAGCUCUCUGGUGGCCACAUACAGCAAUACCCAUGCUGAUGGGUUUGCAAAAACACAAAACAAAAUAUUUGUUUCUCAUUCUAGAGCUAAGAGUUGCUGCUUUUAAGUUCUCCUCAUGUCGCUCUUGAAAUGACUGUUAAAACUGAACUAUGAGUUCAUUGCAUUUAUUUUAUAUUCCUGGUUGUCAUGAAAUUGAAUUGACUUUGCUUCAGUGUGAAUUUUUUUAAUACAAAUAAUAUACAUUUUUAAUAAUAAUAAUAAAAGGUUCAAAUCAAAGAAGUGUGCUGGGAAGUUGUGAACAUCAGACUUUGAGUUACAAAAGAAGCAAAAUGUAUCCUGCAGAGUUGCAACCUGUAAUUGUAUUCAGAUGUUAUGAUAUCAUAAACCACACAAAACAGAUCUUGUGAAGCCUCCAGUUUGGAAUUAUAGCCUUUUAAAAUACCCAAGAGGGUAUUCGUGUUUUGCAUGUACGGUAAUAGAAUGAAGCUUUAUGGAAAAACAAAACAGGUGGAAUGCUUGGUGUACUCUCUAAAGUGAUUUAGCAUGCAGCUUGGAUACCACUUAUAAAAAUAUAAAACUACCAACCUGGUGAUUUUAUAUAUUUGUCUUCUGGAAAAGCUGUGCAUUUGGAGACUAAGCCCCCGUGCUUACCACCUUCCCUACCACCCUCCACCCUCCAAUCCCAUAUCCAGGCUAUCUUUGAAUAUAAUUCUCCCAAGUGCCUAGGGUGACAGCAUGUUAGAUUGGAGAACAUGAACUAGGGAACUCAGCUCUGUUUUUCAGGGUGAUUUUCUGUGCGUUGUUGGCUUGCAUAUUAUAACUCCACGAGUCAGUUUUUCAGAGAUGGUUGUUAUACUGGCUUUUCCAUAAACUACACCCAUUUUCUCCAUCCCAGCUGUGUGUGAGAGAAUGGCUGCCACCCACUUGCUUCUCAACUGACACUAAAACAGAGGCUUGAAUUUCUGUUGUAACUUUAGAACAAGGUAAGAACAUGCUAUGCCCAUGUUCACUAAGCUGCUGGCUUCUAGCAGAUAAAGGGUUCUGACUGAUUCUUCCUCCCUGAUACAUCAAAGGAUUAGGUUUAACAUGAUGCAUGCACGCUAUCAAAGAGGUUUCUUUGACUUUGUGUCUGCACUGAUGACUUGCAUUUCCAGUGUGUAGUACCUUUCACCUAGAAGGAUCCCAAAACAUUUUCCAGAUGAUAUUUACAAAGUAUAGGAAUCUCUUCACCAAGCAUUCCAAGCGGCUACAACAUGUGUGGUUAUGUUUAUUCCUCUUGAUGAGAGUAGGGCUGGUUAGCCGGUGGGAGUAGACAUGGUUAUAUAAAGGAUUCUCUGCCUACAUUACACCACUUACUAUGUUUUUUUCCUUUUCUACUUGUACUUGGUGGAGUGCAGCGGCAGCCUUUCAAAAUCCCUGGUACAUUGGAAUGUACAGCAUUGUCUCAGAGAUCAUUCAUCAUUCCCAGCAGUGUGCUUAAGUUGGAUGCCAGCCUUUGAGGUCUGGCAUUCUGUGUCAAAGAGCUAAGUUUAAGACUAAUGAUCUAAAGAAGAAUCAGCCCUGCAGCAUCCAGCCAUUUAUGGGUAAAGGCUGCAAAGACAGUAUUUAAAGCUGAGACAAGCUCAUGCUAAGAGUUAGCACCAAAGCAAAGGAGAGGCAACAAAAAGUGUCUUAAAGAGAGAAUAUUUGUUGCUGAUUGCAGAGAUACAAGUUCUAAACAUUCUGAACAGAAAAUCAGGCUGAAACUUUAAGGGCAAUAAAUUGUUACUUCAGAUGGUUUUACAGAUAUUGACAGAGGGGAGUGUGGAAGGCAGUGUUGUCUGGAGGAAUGAGCACAGACUUAGGAGUCAGGGGCCUGCAUUCACACUUUGGCUCUGUUACUGAUUCCAUGUGGCCUUAAAGUCACUGCUCCUUUCUGUCUGUUUCCUCAUUUAUAAAAUGGGGAUUAAAGGUAUCUCACUCACAGUAGUGGUUUCUGGAUUAGUUAGUUUCUGUAUAGUACUUUGAAAAUGUACAGUACUACAGAAAUGCUAGGUAUUAUUAACUCUGUCUAGAUAAAAAGAAAAGGAGUACUUGAGGCACCUUAGAGACUAACCAGUUUAUUUGAGCAUGAGCUUUCGUGAGCUACAGCUCACUUCAUCGGAUGCAUAGCAUAUCGUGGAAACUGCAGAAGACAUUAUAUACACACAGAGACCAUGAAACAAAACUUCCUCCCACCUCACUCCCCCGCUGGCAACAGCUUAUCUAAAGUGAUCCUCAAGUAGAGCCAUUCCAGCACAAAUCCAGGUUUUCUCACCCUUUUCCCCCCCCCCCAGUGAAUUUGUAUGUGUGUGUGUGGGGGGGGGGGAAGGGUGAGAAAACCUGGAUUUGUGCUGGAAAUGGCUCUACUUGAGGAUCACUUUAGAUAAGCUGUUGCCAGCGGGGGAGUGAGGUGGGAGGAAGUUUUGUUUCAUGGUCUCUGUGUGUAUAUAAUGUCUUCUGCAGUUUCCACGAUAUGCUAUGCAUCCGAUGAAGUGAGCUGUAGCUCACGAAAGCUCAUGCUCAAAUAAACUGGUUAGUCUCUAAGGUGCCACAAGUACUCCUUUUCUUUUUAAGAAUACAGACUAACACGGCUGUUACUCUGAAAUCUGUCUAGAUAAACUCAGAAGUUUAGCAUUGUUCCAGAGGCCAACAAAGGAUAACGCUGACCUGAAAUACUACUUAAUAGACAUUGGUUUUUCGUGCAAGUGAACUUCAUGCCCUUCUUUUCCAACACAGAGCAAUGUAUGGUCAGCAAAUGUGAUUCAUUUUUUAAUAUUCAGAAAGAAAAAUAUUUUAUUGUUUCAUCAAGACACUGCAGGGAUUGAUUUUUUCAUUAAUGAAUUAAAUAUUUAUUAGUGCAACAAUUAUAGUGAUUGAAACAACUGACGUUGUUGUGAAGGAUGUGAGUAAUGGGACUUUAGAUACAAUCAGCCUAUUAAAAUACUGUGCUAUUCCCAGAAUUCUUCUGCAACAAUAAUAUCCACAGUAAAUGUUUUUAAAAGUCAUAAUCCCUCAUUCUGGCAACAUUUAAAAUCUGAUGGUUAUUGCCAGCAUACAUAAUAUUUUUAUUUAACAUAAUUGUAUGAAAACACUAUCACAGGAUCAGUGUCUCUGGCUUUGAAAAUAAACAUCCUGGCAUGCAUGUGCAGUAUUUGUGAGAAAGCAUUAUAUGUGAGAUUGUGUUCUUUGGAAUCGCUUAAAUAGGAUACAGAAUUUGGAAGAAAGUGUAAAUUGCAUACUUUUAUUAUGUGCAUUCACAACAUGUGGCUAAAAAUGUUGUCUUCUCUUGUCUGUGAAUGAAAUAAGGCAGCAAAGCAUUCCAGAGGCUAUGUUUCCUUUAGGCGCCAUUCCAUAUCAAUGCAUUUUAGGUACAUUUUAAAACAAAAUGAGUCAAAUUGAUGCCUGAAAUCAAUUGUUAAACAAGGGAUCUAUUUGCCCCAGUAACGUCAUUGCAAAAUUGGAGUCAUGCUCUGUGGAUGUAAAUCUAAACUAGCAGUGAAAGUUACUAAAACAAAUUAGCUAGGGACUCUUCUCUCAUUUUUAAAUGUGAUCUUUGAAUCAGUAGUUUAAAAAAACCCUCCGAUUUCUUCUGUUGAAAGACACAGAACCUAUGAUAUGAAAUGUAAUCAUAAUGAUAUGUUCUAUACUCUCUCCAUCCCACAAGAAACUGAGAAUUCAAGCAGCGUAGGUAAUGUAUACAUGCAGGGCCAGGACAAUGGGGCCCUAAUCUUGAUUGAGGCACUCUGUGUGAUACAGUAAUGGAAAUAACCAAUGUCAUCUGACUUUUCCAGACUAAGUUUUUUAAAAAAACAACCCAAAAUCUAGGUCACUUUGCAUAAAGCAACAGUUCAACACUGAGAGGAUGCACACUAUGUUGUAAAGUAGCCUCAUUAAUUAACCUGAAAAUUACUUCAGCAGGGGAACUUUCAAACUGACAGCCAUUACAAAUGUAAACCUUUAGAAGGAAAAGAAUGUGGAAAAGGCAGGAAGGGCACGUGAGAUGUCUAAAAUUAGUGCUUAGUUGUACACUUUUACAGUGAUAUUACUACACUGCCUCACAUGCUGGCUAUUACUGAUAGCUUCAGUAAAUGUAGGAGGCCAAGCUUUUGAUUACAGGCCUGAUCUUGGUCUCUGAUGCAUAGAGCUUCAGUGAGAGUCCUAAGGCAUAUUCAAGGGCAGCAUUGCAAGAAAUGUUUUAAAUAAUUAUAAUUAAUCUCUUUAGAACAUACUUCUACAUGUUAACAAAUAGGGUCUCUGGCUUUCUUUGGGAUGUUAAAGAACAGAUGGAAAUGGAGUAUGGAUUCUGUUGAUUUUUGUUAGUGAAUGCAAUGCUAAUGAUGGGCUAGAUUAAUAGCCCUGGAGUCUGACAUUCUUCUUUUAUCUAUAGACUAGGCAACAGUACAAACUUCCACAUACCAUAUGGUCAGGCUGAUACACCCCUGUUCUGGAGGGAUGACCUCUAAGGAUGAGAGGUUGUUCAGGCUCUGUGAUCAUUCAAUCCUGAGUUUGCCAGCAAAGUUACAUAUGUGAUGUGGACACAUAAUCAUUAGGUCAUCAGCUCAUUUCAUAUAAGCCACAGAAAAGCCAUCAGAUAGGUUUUAACAGAAAAUCACUCCUGACUAAAGACAGAGACCUGGAGGUGAAAAGGUUCAAAAUUCCACUACCAACAUCAUGUGACCAUCCAGUCUACUGGGUAGCGAUGUGAGACAUUCAGAAAUUCUCAGAGCUUAGCAUUGUUACUAGGGCGAUACAACAUAAGCACUCUUACUAGUUUUUCACCAGUUUUCAAAAAUGAUAUAAAAGUACGUAAAUUCCUAGGGUAUAAUGAAAUCUAUCCCAGUUAUUUCUAUUUCCAACUAUGUAUCCAGGAUGUAUUUUAAUUGUGUUACCAGGAUCUGGUAGUGAUACACAAGGAAAAGCAAAGCUUUGAAUAAUUUGUCAUCUGAACUCAAUGUCACUCAUUAACGGGGAGACAUCAAAAGAAAUCAGGCUUUUUCUCUUGGCUGUCCUGAUGCUUGUGCUGGCAUUGCUUCUGCUGCAGCUGAUUACAGGUCUUAUCAGACCAUUGCAUUAUGAAGUAGCUAAUUCUUUUUGAAAACAUUUGAGGUUAAGUGGGAAAUGUUUAUUUUCUUCCAGAUGUAGCAUCACAACUGUAAAAUGUACAAAGGCAAAAGUGUGCAGUUUAACCUAAUAGCCAACAAUCCACUAUGGGGCAAAUUACACUCAUUUAGCAGAAAGAAUUCAUCUCCCAAUUAUGGAUUGACUUACCAAUGGCAAAAAGGUUGCAGACUUUGGUAUCUGAUUCUACCACCAUAAAUGCAUGAAUAUCUGCAUAGAGUUAGGGGUUUCAAAAUGCUGUUCUCUGCUAUAUUGACCAUAUCUGUUUACAUCCUUCUGCAUUUGGGGGGGAGCUUGUCAUGUCUCAUAAACAUAGAAAUGAUUCCCCAUCACUUCAGUUAAAAUAGGAAAAUGUACAAACAUUCCAAUGUGAAUAUACCUGUUGGGACAUAUCUUGGGUUGCCAUUAAAUAGUGCUGUUAAUAUAGGGAAUAUUAAAAAAAAAUCUUUGUAACAAUCCUGAA